AUGUCAUCUCAAACGCCCACUCAGCAGACAAACAAUGCCAGCCAUGUCGACCAGGCACCCUCCUCCGCAACCGCCGCCGUCCUCGUCCCCUCCGCGCCCGUACCAGACGACGUUCGAAAAGUCCGCGGCGUCGAUUUCAACGACUACGUCGAUCGCGACAUAACAGUAUCCGAGCUUGUAUCGAAUAUGUCGACCAUGGGAUUCCAGGCUAGUGCCAUCGGAGAGGCCGUACGGAUCAUAAAUGACAUGCGCGCAUUCCGCGAUCCGGAGACUGGCGAAGGCACGACUGUUUUCAUGGGGUAUACGAGUAAUUUGAUAUCGUCCGGGUUGAGGGAGACGUUACGGUUUUUGGUGCAGCAUAAACAUGUCUCGGCGAUUGUGACCACAGCUGGCGGCGUUGAAGAGGAUUUGAUCAAGUGUCUUGCGCCGACGUAUCUCGGCGCUUUCAGUACACCGGGUGCAGGGCUCAGGGCACAAGGGUUGAACAGAAUUGGAAAUUUGAUCGUCCCGAAUAGCAAUUAUUGUGCAUUUGAGGAUUGGUUGAUUCCUAUCCUGGAUAAAAUGGUUGAUGAGCAGGGGGACUCGAAAGUUGUAGCCGCCAAGUCUGGGGAUCCAGAUGAUGAGUUACAUUGGACGCCAUCGAAGAUUAUAAACAGAUUGGGUAAAGAGAUCAACAAUGAGGAGUCGGUGUGCUACUGGGCAUGGAAGAACGACAUUCCAAUCUUUUGUCCUGCAUUGACGGAUGGAUCAUUGGGCGACAUGCUCUACUUUCAUACAUUCAAAACCUCGCCCAAACGUCUCCGAGUGGAUAUUGUCGACGACGUGAGACGGAUAAAUACCAUGUCUGUACGCGCUAAAAGGGCAGGAAUGAUUAUACUGGGAGGCGGAAUUGUUAAGCAUCACAUUGCCAAUGCAUGUCUGAUGCGGAACGGCGCAGAAAGCGCGGUGUAUAUCAAUACAGCCCAGGAAUUUGACGGGAGUGACGCGGGGGCACGUCCCGACGAAGCCGUUAGCUGGGGCAAGAUCAAGGCUGGCGCGGAUAGUGUCAAGGUUUAUGCGGAGGCUACAGUUGCUUUCCCAUUGAUUGUUGCCAGUACUUUUGCAAGGGCCAGUCGGGAUGGCGAUGCUGGAUCAAAGUAA